AUGAAGACUUACGACGAUAUCUACGCUACUCCGGGACCCUUCACUCAAUUCCCCGGAGCAGGUCUUCCGGAUAUCAAACGCUUUAUCACCACCCACAACUCUCAAGGUGAAGGCGUCUUUCUGCCCUCUGAUAAUGGUACCCACCAGGCUUUAAUGGCCAACGGUCGGGGUGUCCAAAACAUCCUCUACACCACCCACGGUGAAGCAGUUGACCUCAACGACGAGGCAGAUAUCGCUUUGGCCCGGGAAAAUGCCCCUGGCCUUCACGUCCCCGGGGGUACGUUGGUGCGCAUGAUCGACUUCGCACCUGGAGUGGAAUCGCCCAUGCACCGAGCAAUGUCUCUUGACUAUGGGACUGUAAUUGAAGGAGAGUUUGAGGUCGAACUGGAUAGCGGUGAGAAGCGUACCAUGCGUCCGGGCGACGUUCUUGUUCAACGUGCUACGGCUCACCGAUGGCGGAAUCUGUCGCCUGACAAGCCUGGACGCAUGCUCUUUGUGCUUUUAGACUGUCAGCCCAUGAAGUCAAUUAACGGGAAAGAAUUCAAGGUGGAGCUCAAUGAGUUGUCACCCGAUUUUCCGGAAGACCACUAG